GUCAUUUGUUCUAAAUAUUCGCUGAAUAGCCAUUUAUGUUCUAAACCUAAGUUUCGCGUUUCUUAUAAUUAAAAUAAAUCUUCACUUGUAAUUCAUCAGUCGUUGUGAGAACAUUAAAAUAUCUCUCCCGCUCUUUAAACUCAGUGCUGUGAACAAAAAUAAAAUAAUAUAUAAAAACAAUACCUCCAACUUCACUUAUUUACUUCAAUUAGCCCGGCAGAACAAAAGUGUAUAAGAGAGAUGUUAUCAAAUGAUAUCUGAAAAUGCGAUUGUGGCGGCAGCUAAAGGCAAAUUCAUUUAUAAAUGGACAAGCAGCAUUUAGCCAACAACCCUUUUUGGUCAAUAGUUCAAACAAAACCGUUAUUUAGUAAACAACGUUUGGGAAAGUUCUUCGACAACUGGUGGUGGAGUAAAUUUAAAAGCAAAAACAAAUACAAAAUAUGAACAAAUUUCAAUUAUACUUAUCCCUGAUUUACGGUGUUAUACCUUAUGAGCAUUUAAAUGUCAAAGCAAAUAUUUUCUUUAGCUACGUGCAUAUGUACGUAGUGCCCGUUUUAUAUUUGAUUUGUUUCGGAAUCAUUACUUUCGGUGAUUAUGCGGUGUAUAAGCAUGAAAAAUGUGACAGUAUUUGCAAUUUGGCCAAUAUACUGUUCGUACAUUUGGGUCUGUGUGUAUAUGUUUUGACACAUAUUUUGACUCUGUGGAGACGUAAACAAUUCUUUAUUGAAUUUGAAAAAUCUCUAUAUGCUAUCGAUAUACAUCUUGGCAAAUGCGAUGAGCUGGGUGUCAAACAGGUGGAGAAGAAAACUAAGUUUAAGUAUAAGUAUUACAUCACCUGGGUUGUGGUCAUUGCCUGCUUUACCUUUGCCAUGGCUUAUGACAUCAAGGAAUUGAUUUUUUAUUAUGGCGAAUUAUUUUUUAUUUUGUUUAUUGUCUCAAACAUUCCUUAUACUUCGUCGAGCAUUGUUUUGGGUCAAUUUGUUUAUUUCGUUUCGGAAAUUUCUCAACGUUUUAUAAAACUUAAUGAACUAUUCGAGAGAAUUAAUCGUGAGAGUGAACGUAAACAUGCUCCUUUAAUGAUAUUUGAUAUUGAAUCGGAGGUAAAAAAGGAAAUGCCUUUGAAUCAAGAGUUAAGACAACGCCAUGUUGUGGAUCAUGUUUCGAUUAAUGAGGAUAGUGAUGAGUUUAACGAUGACGUGGAUGAUUUAAAUGAUGCCGAAACUAUACCGGCCGAUAGCCUCUUGGCUAAACAAGGACGUGUUGUAGCGUAA